AUAAUAUACGCAAUAGGGGAGCGAACUGUCUGCAGAUUUCGCAAGUUUUCGUAAUACAAAAUUCGGCAUUACAUCAGAUUUGUUCAUCAUAAUAUUUCACGGGUGGACUGGAUGUGCCAUACAAUAGUCUGGCGCGGUAGAUCUCAUGUGGUUUGGAGGAUUUAUCUGCUAUACGGUAUAUGUUUUUAAAGCUGAAGAAAGAGGAAAACAAUUUUCAGAUCAAAAUUUUCACCUAGUAACCGCCCAGCUGAUUGUUGACAGCUGAUCGGUUCGAGCGAACACGUUGUGUGUACGUUAUUCAAUACACGAGGCCGAGGCGAAUUAGGCGCGGCGGCGCGGAAUCGAGUCGAACAAGUCCAUUUGUAUUCUGCGCAAUAGAUGUUCCGCCGCCAGAAGAUGACGACGUUAUCUCACUUUCAAGACGAUAUGAAUUCUGGCAUGGAUAUGAGCAUGGAUGCUACAACAGCAGCAGAAUGUCUUCUUGCAAUAGCAGCGUCAAAACCGAGCAGUAAACCCCCCGAAUUUAUGGAAACAUGCGACGAGGAAGGAGUAUUUUCGCCAGACGGAGUGAGUACGGGCAAUCACCACAUGUCGGACCCGUCCGGCCUCCAUCCACACAGUCACAGUUCUUUGUUCAUGGUGGCAAGAAUUUUAGCCGAUCUUGAAAAAUACAGACCAAGACAAGAAAUUCCAUCACCAAUUAGUGACUGUCCAAGCCCCCCACCUAUUAUAAAUGGACCUUACGAUGGACUUAGCAACGCCCUUGCAUCGAAUUUUGACUCUUUUGCACCAACUCCACAACGUGGUGACUACACGAAUCAGACGCAGGCAGGAAAACAAAGAAACAGACGAUCAAAGCCGUCACAAAAUCUCAAUUCUGUCAAGAAACACCACUGUCACUACCACGGAUGUGAAAAAAUUUAUGGGAAAUCAUCACAUCUUAAAGCUCAUCUCAGAACACAUACAGGUAAGACAGAUUUUAAUUGAUUUUUCACCACGUUU